UGCUAGAAAGGGAGGAAAGUGCUUCCUUACUUGCCCUUCAUCUUGCCUUGAUGCACUGUUAAAAGACUCAUUCAGCUAUAUCAAGCUAGAUCAUACAGAACAGAAAACGCGUCACCACCCCUGUGACCCAGUGGAGAUAUCCAACAAGAGGCAGCUAGUUAACACGUCAAACGGUCUCUUUUAAUAACCUUGUGUUUUUUUAGGAAGAAGCCACGACAACUGAACUCUCGGUUAUGGACCGCCGUUGGAAGUUCGCCGUUCUGUUGGUGCUUUCUGCCGGCUGGAUUAUCCUUAUUACACCGAUGAUGACGACUUGGUACUUCCAUGGCAAAACCCCGACACCAAUGCCGAAGCGCCGUGUCUUUGUGACAAACGGCACGACUCUUGGACCUGCCAUACUUGGGAAGGUCAACCCUCCUUCUCUUGACCAAGUCACGUGCCCAAACAAAACGAAGAUCGUGGUCUUAAACAGGGACCGACUCUUCCGCCAAGGAGACGUCCUGGAGGUGAGAGUAACUGCGCGAGACGCAGAAGGGAGGCCGAAGACCCACGGCGGAGACUUUUUCCGCGCCAGGCUGAUCGGCAACCUUACGCUGCAGGAAAGUAGCGCCGGUCAAGUGACCGACCACAGCAACGGCUCCUACACUGUGCAGUUCCCGCUCUACUGGGUAGGGGACGUCUCGGUAUGGAUCCAACUCGUCCAUCCGAGCAAAGCAGUGGAGGUCCUGCAGCGAGUGCGACAAGUUCCCAACAAGAGGACCUUCCACUGCACUUUUGUCGGGGUGAAAACCGGCGUCACCGAAGAGCGUCAGUGCUUCAGUGCUCCCUACCCCAACCUGCCGCUCCACCAACAGUGCGAUUUGUCAAAAGCGGACGCGAACGGUACCUGGUUCUGCGAGAGGCCAGAGAAACUUCCGUGUAACAGCAUCUCAAUGUGCAGAUUUAUAUUCAAUAAUGCUAAGUUGCUGGACCUUGUGUCACAAGAGGAAAAGAAAUUCUUUAAAAAGCCGUACCUGGAAGAAGAACUGGAAGCAAACCUCUCAGUGCCCAUCCGUGUCCAUCCGCCUGCAGUGCGCAUGCCCAGUCCUGCAGAUCUUCCAGCGUGUCCUGGGAACGAGUCUGCCUCUCUGACCCCGGGUACCCAGGGACAUUGGUCACGAGGGGUUUGGAAGUCAUCCAUCUGCAAUGUGCAAGUUUUUAAAACAACGGACGUCCAACGGUGCCUGGCUAAUAAAACCGUUUACCUACAUGUUGUUCUGAAAAGUGCAAGCAACACCGAAUGGAACGUCGCUGCCCACUUCAGGUUUCACCACGUCCCUAUAGAAAAACAACUCCCGUAUCCCUUCUUCAACCUGAGUUACGCUGCUGAUCAACUGGACGCCAUCCAGGGAGGGCCGAACACGGUUGUAGUCCUCAGCCUGUGGGCUCACUUCACUGAGGAACCGCUGGACAUGAUCCGGUCGCGCCUGCACGCCAUUCGGCACGCCAUCCACCGCCUCCAGCGCAGGGACCCCGGCACACACGUCUUCAUCAGGACUGGAACCACACGGGAGCAUACAGGGCAAAGCUUGAUCCACUAUUUGCUCGGAAGCGACUGGCUGGCGUACCAGAUCACGGAGGAGAUACGGGACAUUUUCCGGGAGGACCCAGACGUGGUUGUGUUGGACUUCUGGGAUAUGACCGUGUGCCAGUGGGGCAGAGACAACGUCCACCCAGAUCAAACUGUGGUGGACAAUGAGAUCAACAUGCUGCUGUCCCGCGUCUGCCCAAAGUAGAGGGGUGAGAAAGGCGAACAGAGUGGUUUAUUAGGUGGUUAUACGUCACAAGCCACGCGAUAUGACACCGUCAAUGGGUAUUAGUCACGAGAGGUUUGAAAGUCAUCCAUCCGCAUCGUACGACUUUUUAAAACAACGGACACAAAUAAAAUGACAUUCAAUGUUUUUCAUCUUGCUGGAAAGGUUGGACAAAAUUCAAAUAUCCUUUGGACCAAUAUGGUUCAUUGCCCACAUCUAAGCUGUGACAUGAUGAAGCUUUUAACAUCUUAAUGCACAUUGUGAGUCAGUUAAAUACGGCCUCAUUUGUUUGCUCUAUUCAUUUGUUCACAAGAUAUUACAUUAAAUGUUAUACAAUAACAAAAGAUAAACAAGUAAUGCAGGAGGGAAAAGCGUGUACAUCUUGCACAAAGCCCUUCAAUUAAACAAAAUUGAUCAUGAUCAAUAAUUGAUACAUUUACAUAGAAUAUUAUAAUUGAUACUCAAAUAACUAAUGCUUUUAAUCAAUUGUAAAGGUAAAUUAAUGAUAAACAAUAAAGCCAAGUAAAAGAAUAUUAGUCACUUACUACGAUACUUAAUCCAAAGUUGGAACAUACUCACUAACUCAGUAAAUUACGAAAAUUAUUUAUUACCUCCUGGAAGAGAAGUCACCUCCUAAAGGAGUAUUGCGGUUGGUCAUAUCAGCACGUUCGCACUGGGUAUGUGAAUUUUUCAAGGGGCAGUGAUUAAAGUAAUCAUGUUGAAUUGA